AUUAGUAGAUCAAACAAACACGUAUAAUACCUUUGAUUUCCCACCAUCAAAGUGUCCUUUUGGAGAGAUAGAGCAUUAAAUGGAGGCAUUGCCUCCUUGCUUUUAGUCCAUUCUUCUUCGACCUCUCAAAAACCACUUUUUAUAACACGACUUUUAAACUUGCCUAUUGUAAGUCUUUCUUUGACGACGACUACUACUACCACUACUUGUUUCAUACUCGCUAUUUCAUCAGCUUUGAGAUUGAUUUAUCGACUUUCAAUGUAGACAACCCCAUGGAUAAAUUUCUUUUUGCGAGAAAAUAAAAAAUAGUACCCCACUUACAAGUUACAACCAACAGAAACCCAAACUGAUUGUGACCUUUUUCCUCUUAACUGUAAUCUUCUAGUGUACCAUCUAAAUGCAUUUAAUUAGGGCAGCUUUCUAGGUGCCCUUUAUAAACUUGUUGUGUCUGGGUUUCAAUCCUUCAGAUCUAAACAUCAUUUGCAAUUUAUUUUGUCAAAUUGAAAUUGGAAAAGAAAAAAAAAUAUCUCCCUAAUUCUCUCAUCGAUCCUUUUGGUUUUUAUUACUCCCGUCAUUUAAAUAAUCCUUGUCUUUUGGUCUCAAUUUUUACAUUUUCUUUUUGCUACCCUCCUUUUUUGUUGGAAUUAUACACGCAAAAAGAGAAAGAUUUUGGGAGUAAGAUUCUUUUAGGUGAUAAUUUAAAGGAUUGAGAAAGUUUAAUUUAGUUGGAAUUUGGAAAGAGUAAAGAAGAAGAAGAAAACAUGGGUGCCCCUUUUGUUAAUUGGCCAUGGGAGUUCUUGGGCACUAAUAAGUAUUUGAUGUUUGGACCGAUUAUUGCACAAGUAGCACGAUUAUGGUGGAAAGGAGAAGCAAUAAGCAAUACUUUGAGCUUCCACAUAGUCUUCUUAUGUUUUCUUAGAAUUGCUCUCCAUCAAGCUUGGAAUACCUUUUGCAGCAUGCACUUCCUUAGCCUUAAGCGUUGGAUUAGUCUCCAAGGAGUCGAUUUCAAGCAAAUCGACCACGAGUGGGAUUGGGAUAAUUUCAUGGUCCUCCAAGGACUUGUUGGUAGCCUAAUGUUGUACAUGUUUCCAUCCAUAACAAAUUGGAACAUGUUAUGGGACGUAAGAGGAUUAAUUGCAGCUUUGCUGUUACACAUGGUGGUUGCAGAGCCCUUGUAUUAUGUGAUGCAUAGGCUUUUCCAUAACCAACCAAAAUUGUACAAUUCUUACCAUUCACUUCAUCAUUUAUCUCCUGUACCUCAACCUUAUACUGCCGGAAAAGCAACAUUUUUAGAGGAUGUCUUAUUGUUAGGAAUCAUGGGAAUUCCAAUGGGGGGAGCAGCUUUGAUGGGAUAUGGUUCCAUAAGCUUGAUUUAUGUCUACGUUUUGGCAUUUGAUUUCCUAAGAUGCAUGGGUACCUCUAAUGUUGAAAUUUUCCCACAUCAAAUUUUUGAAGUUUUGCCUUUCCUUAGAUACCUUAUCUACACUCCUACAUAUCACAGCAUACACCAUAAAGAGAAAGAUUGUAACUUUUGUCUAUUUAUGCCAAUUUACGAUCUAUUGGGAAAUACUCUCAACGGCAAAUCUUGGGAACUUCAAAAGCAAAUAAGUCUAAAUUCAGUGAAAAAGAUGAAGGUACCAGACUUUGUGUUCUUAGCACAUGUAGUGGACAUAUCAUCAGCAUUGCAUGUCCCGUUUUUGUUCCGAGCAUACGCAGCUUUCCCUUUCUCCAUGAGGUUGUAUCUCCUACCUUGUUGGCCAAUUGCAUUCGUGGUGAUGUUUUUGAUGUGGGCAUGGGCUAAACCCUUCUCGGUCUCCUUCUACAACCUCCGUGGCAAGUUACACCAUACUUGGGUUGUCCCUAGAUUCGGUUUCCAGUAUUUCUUGCCAUUUGCAACAAAAGGCAUCAACAAGCAAAUCGAGCAUGCCAUACUCAAGGCAAAUAAAAUGGGUGUCAAGGUUCUUAGCCUCGCUGCCCUCAACAAGAAUGAGGCAUUGAAUGGUGGAGGGACAUUGUUUGUUAACAAGCACCCGAAUUUAAGAGUACGAGUUGUUCAUGGUAACACAUUGACAGCUGCAGUUAUUCUUCAUGAAAUAACCGAUGACAUUGAGGAAGUUUUCCUAUCCGGAGCAACCUCUAAGCUUGGAAGAGCCAUUGCCCUUUAUCUAAGUCGUAAACAUGUGCGAGUAAUGAUGUUAACUCUAUCAACCGAGAGGUUUAAGAAAAUUCAACAAGAGGCUCCAGAAGAAUGCCAGAAAUACUUGGUACAAGUGACCAAGUACCAAGCAGCAAAGAAUUGCAAGACAUGGAUAGUUGGAAAAUGGAUCACACCAAGGGAGCAAAGCUGGGCACCAAAAGGGGCCCAUUUUCAUCAAUUUGUGGUUCCACCUAUUUUGCAUUUCAGAAGAGAUUGCACAUAUGGUGAUCUUGCUGCCAUGAAGCUGCCUAAAGAUGCUCAAGGUCUUAGCACUUGUGAGUAUACAAUGGAAAGAGGAGUAGUUCAUGCUUGCCAUGCGGGUGGAGUGGUUCAUUCACUAGAAGGGUGGACACAUCACGAGGUUGGUGCCAUUGAUGUCGAUAGAAUUGACAUUGUGUGGGAGGCUGCAAUCAAGCACGGUUUAAAACCUGUUUAGGGUUUUAAUUUGGACCCAUUAAUUAAUUACUCAAGUAAUUACUUGUAUGAAUUAGUGUACGUGCCAAGUAUGUUGUAUACCCUUCUUUUCUAAACAUUCAUGUCAUUGCAACUUUCCAUUUUUCUUCUUGGAAAUUUAUUUUGUUUUCCAAAUAUUUUUUUAGAACUAGGUUGAUCAUUGUAAUUUUAGCUUGUAUUUAUUCCGAUUUACGUAGUAUUCAAACACAAAAAGUUAUUACAAUACAAAACCAUAGCAUUGUAUUAUUCAUUUAAGAUAAAUAUAUAAUAAUACUAUCUCCAGAUCGCAA